AGCUCUCUUCCUCUUUCCUCCGACGUCCUUCCUUCUCCUUUUCUCCUCUCCCCACCCCCUACCCCCCUUUUCCCUUCCCCAGAUAAGCAGCUCCAGGAAACAAAGAACGCGGGCUCUCCAGGCAUCAGUGCUUAAGCCCAGCACCAGGCAAGCAGCAUCUCGUUCUGGGGACCAGGGCUUUCCCGGCUCCACGUCCCCUCCCCAACCUCCCCCGCCUCCCGCGCUCGCUCGCUCCCUCCCCGCCCGUUGCCUCCCCCACCUUCGCAGCGGCGCUGGGAGGAAGGCGGCCGGGGCUCAAGAUGGCUUUAGCCGGGCUCUGCGCCCUGCUCGCCUGCUGUUGGGGGCCGGCGGCGGUGCUGGCCACGGCCGCCGGCGACGUGGAUCCUUCCAAGGAGCUGGAGUGCAAGCUCAAGAGCAUCACGGUGUCGGCGCUGCCCUUCCUGCGCGAGAACGACCUGAGCAUCAUGCACAGCCCCUCGGCCUCCGAGCCCAAGCUCCUCUUCUCCGUACGAAACGACUUCCCGGGAGAGAUGGUCGUGGUGGACGACCUGGAGAACACCGAGCUGCCCUACUUCGUGCUGGAGAUCUCAGGGAACACGGAGGACAUCCCUCUGGUGCGCUGGAGGCAGCAGUGGCUGGAGAAUGGCACUUUGCUUUUCCACAUCCACCACCAGGAUGGCGCCCCCAGCCUCCCUGGACAAGACCCGACCGAAGAACCCCAGCAUGAGUCAGCAGAGGAGGAGCUGAGAAUCCUCCACAUCUCGGUCAUGGGUGGCAUGAUUGCUCUGCUGCUGUCCAUCUUGUGCCUGGUGAUGAUCCUGUACACGCGCCGGCGCUGGUGCAAGCGCCGCCGGGUCCCCCAGCCCCAGAAGAGCGCCAGUGCCGAGGCGGCCAACGAGAUCCACUACAUUCCUUCCGUGCUGAUCGGUGGGCAUGGUCGGGAGAGUCUGCGCAAUGCCCGUGUGCAGGGUCACAACUCCAGCGGCACCCUGAGCAUCCGGGAGACACCCAUCCUGGACGGCUACGAGUACGACAUCACCGACCUGCGCCACCACCUGCAGAGGGAGUGCAUGAACGGAGGGGAGGACUUCGCCAGCCAGGUCACCCGCACCCUCGACUCCCUGCAGGGCUGCAACGAGAAGGCGGGGAUGGACCUCACACCAGGCAGCGACAAUGCCAAGCUGUCGCUGAUGAACAAGUAUAAAGAUAACAUCAUCGCCACCAGCCCCGUGGACGCCAACCACCAGCAGGCCACUUUGCUUUCUCACACCUCCAGUAGCCAGAGAAAGCGGAUCAACAACAAAGCCAGAGCUGGUUCCGCCUUCCUGAACCCUGAGGGGGAUUCUAGCACAGAGGCCGAAAACGACCCCCAGCUGACCUUUUACACUGACCCCUCUCGGAGCCGAAGGCGCAGUAGAGUGGGCUCUCCCCGAAGUCCCGUGAAUAAGACCACCUUGACGUUGAUCAGCAUCACCAGCUGCGUGAUCGGCCUUGUGUGUUCUUCUCACGUCAGCUGUCCUCUCGUCGUCAAAAUCACCUUGCACGUCCCCGAGCACCUGAUCGCUGAUGGGAGCCGCUUCAUCUUGCUGGAGGGGAGCCAGCUGGAUGCCAGUGACUGGUUGAACCCUGCCCAAGUGGUUCUCUUCUCUCAGCAGAACUCCAGUGGGCCCUGGGCCAUGGACCUCUGUGCCCGGCGGCUCCUGGACCCCUGUGAACACCAAUGCGACCCCGAAACUGGGGAAUGCCUCUGCUAUGAAGGUUACAUGAAGGAUCCAGUGCACAAGCAUCUUUGCAUUCGGAACGAGUGGGGAACCAACCAGGGGCCUUGGCCUUACACAAUAUUUCAGCGAGGCUUUGACCUGGUUUUGGGAGAACAGCCUUCUGAUAAAAUAUUCAGAUUCACCUACACCCUGGGCGAGGGCAUGUGGUUGCCUCUCAGCAAGAGCUUUGUGAUUCCACCAGCUGAACUGGCCAUCAACCCAUCAGCAAAGUGUAAGACAGAUAUGACAGUGAUGGAAGAUGCCGUGGAGGUCAGAGAGGAGCUGAUGACCUCGUCCUCCUUCGACAGCCUGGAGGUUCUCUUAGAUUCCUUUGGACCAGUACGAGAUUGCAGCAAGGAUAACGGGGGCUGCAGCAAGAACUUCCGUUGCAUCUCAGAUCGCAAACUGGACUCCACUGGCUGUGUGUGCCCAUCCGGACUCAGCCCCAUGAAGGACAGCUCCGGCUGCUACGACCGCCACAUCGGGGUGGACUGCUCCGAUGGCUUCAAUGGAGGCUGUGAGCAGCUGUGUCUGCAGCAGAUGGCGCCCUUCCCAGACGAGCCUGCCUUGUACAACAUCCUCAUGUUCUGCGGGUGCAUCGAGGAUUACAAGCUUGGUGUGGAUGGACGUUCUUGCCAGCUCGUCACGGAGACCUGCCCAGAGGGAGGUGACUGUGGGGAAAGCAGAGAGCUUCCCAUGAACCAGACCCUCUUUGGGGAGAUGUUCUUUGGUUACAACAACCAUUCCAAGGAGGUGGCUGCUGGACAGGUACUGAAAGGAACAUUCAGGCAAAACAACUUUGCUCGAGGUUUAGACCAGCAACUGCCAGAUGGUCUUGUGGUGGCCACUGUCCCCUUGGAGAAUCAGUGCCUUGAGGAAAUCUCAGAGCCCACCCCUGACCCUGACUUCCUAACUGGGAUGGUGAACUUCAGUGAGGUGUCCGGAUACCCUGUGCUGCAGCACUGGAAGGUCCGCUCUGUGAUGUACCACAUCAAACUCAACCAAGCGACCGUCUCCCAGGCCCUCAGCAAUGCUCUCCACUCCCUGGAUGGGGCUACAUCUCGAGGGGAUUUUGUAGCCUUGUUGGACCAGUUUGGCAACCAUUACAUCCAAGAAGCUAUCUACGGCUUUGAGGAAUCCUGCUCCAUCUGGUACCCAAACAAGCAGGUCCAGCGGCGACUCUGGCUGGAAUAUGAAGACAUCAGCAAAGGCAACUCCCCAUCUGACGAGUCCGAGGAGCGGGAAAGAGACCCCAAGGUGCUGACGUUCCCAGAAUACAUCGCCAGCCUGUCAGAGUCUGGCACCAAGCGCAUGGCGGCUGGAGUCCGCAUGGAGUGCCAGAGCAAGGGACGAUGCCCCUCGUCCUGCCCCCUGUGUCAUGUGACAUCCAGCCCGGACACCCCUGCCGAGCCAGUUCUGUUGGAGGUGACCAGGGCAGCCCCCAUCUAUGAACUGGUGACCAACAACCAGACCCAGAGGCUCUUGCUGGAGGCCACCAUGAGCUCCCUCUGGUGCUCAGGGACCGGAGAUGUCAUCGAGGACUGGUGUCGAUGUGACUCCACAGCUUUCGGAGCCGACGGACUGCCCACUUGCGCGCCUCUCCCGCAGCCCGUGCUGCGACUCUCCACAGUCCACGAGCCCAGCAGCACCCUCGUGGUCCUGGAGUGGGAGCACUCAGAGCCUCCAAUCGGGGUGCAGAUUGUAGAUUAUCUCAUCCGUCAAGAGAAGGUCACCGACAGGAUGGACCACUCCAAAGUGGAGACGGAAACGGUGCUGAGUUUUGUGGACGACAUCAUCUCCGGAGCAAAGUCACCUUGCGCGAUGCCCUCUCAGGUCCCGGACAAGCAGCUCACCACCAUCUCUCUGAUCAUUCGAUGCCUAGAACCCGACACCAUCUACAUGUUCACCCUGUGGGGAGUGGACAACACCGGUCGACGCUCCAGGCCAAGUGACGUGAUCGUGAAGACCCCUUGCCCUGUGGUGGACGAUGUCAAAGCCCAAGAAAUAGCAGACAAGAUCUACAAUCUCUUCAAUGGCUAUACCAGUGGGAAGGAGCAGCAGACCGCCUAUAACACGCUUCUGGACCUGGGUUCCCCCACACUACAUCGAGUCCUCUACCACUAUAACCAGCACUACGAGAGUUUUGGAGAGUUCACCUGGCGCUGUGAGGAUGAACUGGGCCCCAGGAAAGCUGGCCUCAUCCUGUCUCAGCUUGGGGAUCUCAGCAGUUGGUGCAAUGGACUCCUUCAGGAACCCAAGAUAAGCUUGAGACGCAGCUCCCUCAAGUACCUGGGCUGCCGCUACAGUGAGAUCAAGCCCUAUGGACUUGACUGGUCAGAGCUCAGCCGGGACCUCAGGAAGACCUGCGAGGAGCAGACCCUGAGCAUUCCGUACAAUGGUUAUGGGGACAGUAAAGACAUCUAGCGCCACGAUCCAGAGAGCGGCCGCCACAGGAGGAAGAGAGGAGGGGACCGUCUGGGUUGGUGUGCGCAUUUUUAAUAUUUUUAAUGGAACAUUAAAACCUCCACAGGCAACAUCGUAGCCAGGGAGAAGGUGAUCCUUGA